GUUUCUAAUUAGCCUUUUUUGCCACAUCAUUACGUGUGUAUUACACACACUUGAGAUUUUAGCUUAUUGGGCAAAAAAUGUUCAAUUGAAACUAAAUUGGAAGAAUUUAGGAGUUUAAUAGAUACAAAACUUAAUUUAGGGAUUUAAAUAAAUUUUAGGAACAAAUUGGAGGGGCUAUUAAUGGGUUUCGCCUAAAAUUAACAAUUGAAUAUCAUAUGAUAUGACCAUGACCAUUUACCAAAGCGUACAAUAACACGUCUCUUUCUCAAUCUCAACGGUCAAUGACAACUUAAUUAUGAAGUAAGAGUAACAAAUUUGUAUGGUACUACUACUUAUUUUACUCUCUCCACUGCAAAGCACAACAAUCCAAUCUCAAUGACUAGGAAAGCACAUCUUGUUUUCAUUCCUUCUCCGGGAGCCGGUCAUCUCAUCUCCGCUGUUGAAAUUGCAAAGCUCAUUCUCAACAGAGAUGAGAGACUAUGCAUCUCUGUCCUCAUCAUGAAACUUCCUAUGGACUUUGGCAUUCAAUCCUACAUCGAAUCUCUCUCUUCUACACCCCGCUUGCAGUUCGUUGACAUCACCGUUGACGAUGAAACUGCUGCUGUGUUCUUGUCAAAUGAAGAGACCUUCUUCAUGAACUUCAUUCAAGCUCACAAACCUAAAGUAAGAGAUCUUUUGACUAAUUCGAGCUUUUCUAGAUCCAAUUAUCGGCUUGCGGGCUUCGUUCUUGACAUGUUUUGCACCUCUAUGAAAGACGUGGCAAACGAAUUUAAUAUUCCCACUUACAUUUUCUUCACCUCAAGUGCUGGUUUCCUUGCUCUCUGUUUUCAUUUCGAGUCCCUAAAAAAAGAACAUCACAUAGACACUUCCAAGUAUCGGGAUUCCGAUGAAGAGUUAGCAAUCCCUGGUUUUAAAAAUCCGUAUCCUGCGAAACUCCUGCCUAGAUUGGCAACAGAUCAAACAGUCGUGACGACCAUGUUCUUCGAUUUGUUUACUCGCUUUAAGGAGACAAAGGGUAUCAUUGUCAACACCUUCGCUGAGCUAGAACCAUUUGCUCUCCAGUCUCUUUCAGCUCCGCAGAUUUAUCCAGUUGGUCCAGCGGUGAAUCUUAAAGAGGAGGGACACGUUCGAAACAGCCAAUCCGAAACUGAAAGCAUCAAAAAAUGGUUGGAUGAGCAGCCAGAGUCAUCUGUGGUGUUUUUGUGCUUCGGCAGCAUGGGAAGCUUUGAUACUCAACAGAUCAAAGAAAUAGCAGUUGCACUAGAAUGUAGCGGUCACAGGUUCUUAUGGUCCUUACGAAGACCUCCACCAAAGGGGAAACUCGAGCUGCCUAGUAAUUACGAGGAUUUUCAGCAAGUGCUACCACAAGGGUUUAUUGAAAGGACAAAUGGGGUUGGGAAAGUGAUAGGAUGGGCACCUCAAGUGGCAAUACUGUCUCAUCCCGCAGUGGGUGGAUUUGUAUCUCAUUGUGGAUGGAAUUCUGUACUAGAAAGCUUGUGUUUCGGGGUCCCGAUAGCCGCUUGGCCCAUGUACGCUGAACAGCAGUUGAAUGCGUUCGAGUUGGUUCAAGAAUUGGAGCUGACAGUGGAGAUCCGUAUGGACUAUUUCAAGGACUUUCACGGGAAAGAUGAGCAUGUCGACAUUGUGGGCGCGAAGGAAAUUGAAAGUGGCAUUCGACAGCUGAUGGCAGGGGGCGACGAGAAUGAAAUCAGGAUAAAGGCGAAGGAGAUGAAAGAGAAAAGCAGCGCAGCCAUGAAGGAGGGUGGUUCAUCCUAUGCAUCUCUUGGACUUCUAAUUAAGGAUGUCAUUAGUAACAUUUCUUGAUCAUUUUAUUCCACAAUAGUGAUUAUCGGUUGCACUUAUCUUUAAAUAAUUUCAAUUACUGUCUGUAUACUGAAGGAUCAAGGAAAAAGAACACAAAGAAAGAAAGAAAGUGUGAACUGAAUUAACAAUAGUAUGUGGAAUAGUGGAAAACUCACACACGUUCUUUAUACGCUAGCUGGUAUAUCUGUUUAGAGACUGCUAUUAAUAACUAAUUAAUGAUCACCAACGUGUAUAUGUAUUCACUUUCACUUUAUUGAUGCAAAUCUCUAUGUUAUGAAAGGGAAAUUGUCUGGUUUGGACCCCGAAAAAAUGUUUAUAUAUACGAGAGGAAAAUAAUCCAUUAAAGCUAUGCUAA